AUGUUCUCAAACAAUGAUGAAGCUGUGAUCAACAAAAAACUUCCAAAAGAGCUGCUGCUUCGAAUUUUCUCUUUCCUGGAUGUGGUCACUCUGUGUCGUUGCGCUCAAGUUUCCAGGGCAUGGAAUGUUCUGGCCCUGGAUGGCAGUAACUGGCAGCGAAUUGACCUGUUUGAUUUCCAGAGGGAUAUUGAGGGCCGAGUAGUUGAGAAUAUUUCUAAAAGAUGUGGGGGUUUCUUGCGGAAGUUAAGCCUGCGAGGCUGUCUAGGAGUAGGAGACAAUGCAUUAAGGACGUUUGCGCAGAACUGCAGAAAUAUUGAAGUUUUGAACCUAAAUGGCUGUACCAAGAUCACAGACGCCACAUGUACCAGCCUCAGUAAGUUCUGCUCUAAACUCAGGCACCUCGAUUUGGCUUCCUGCACUUCCAUAACCAACCUGUCCCUGAAAGCACUAAGUGAGGGAUGCCCAUUGCUGGAACAGCUGAAUAUCUCCUGGUGCGACCAAGUGACUAAGGACGGCAUCCAGGCUCUGGUGAGAGGCUGUGGUGGACUCAAAGCCCUGUUUCUGAAAGGUUGCACGCAGCUUGAGGAUGAAGCUCUGAAGUACAUUGGUGCACAUUGUCCUGAACUGGUGACGUUAAACCUUCAAACAUGCUUACAAAUAACAGAUGAUGGUCUCAUUACAAUAUGCAGAGGAUGCCACAAGUUACAAUCCUUGUGUGCUUCAGGCUGCUCUAACAUUACAGAUGCCAUCUUGAAUGCCCUGGGACAGAACUGCCCAAGGCUUAGAAUAUUAGAAGUUGCAAGGUGUUCUCAACUAACAGAUGUGGGCUUUACCACUCUAGCUAGGAACUGCCAUGAACUUGAAAAAAUGGACCUGGAAGAGUGUGUCCAGAUAACAGACAGUACACUAAUCCAGCUUUCAAUACACUGUCCACGGCUUCAGGUUCUGAGUUUGUCCCACUGUGAGCUGAUCACGGACGAUGGGAUUCGUCACUUGGGAAACGGAGCCUGCGCACACGACCGCUUGGAAGUGAUCGAGCUGGACAACUGCCCUUUGAUCACGGACGCCUCCCUGGAGCACCUGAAAAGCUGCCACAGCUUGGAGAGGAUAGAACUGUACGACUGUCAGCAAAUCACGCGGGCAGGGAUCAAGAGACUCAGGACCCAUUUACCCAAUAUUAAAGUCCAUGCCUACUUCGCGCCUGUGACUCCACCUCCUUCGGUCGGGGGCAGCAGACAACGCUUCUGCAGAUGUUGCAUCAUCCUAUGA